GUGCUGGUGCCCGGGGAGGCCUCACGUGUCAGCUGCUCCCCGAGCCCCCAGGAGAUCAACUGUGGCUCUGGGGCACCUCUCAGGGAGAGAAGGGAGCUGAAGCGGCUGUCUCCAAAGCUUGAGGAGGAGGCAAAAGCCUUGGAGGAGGAAGAGAGGCAGAAGGAGAAAGAGAAGCAGAAGAAAGAAAAGAAGGGUGUCUCUGUGGGGAAGGAACCUCCAAAAGCAGAGAAGGGGAAAACCAAACCCCCAGAGAAGAAGGAAAGCAAGGCCCCAGAGAACAAGGACACCAAAAUCCCACCAAGGAAGGAAAUCAAAGAACCAGAGAAGAUGGAAAACAAACUUCCAGAAAAGAAAAACAAACAUCCAGAAAAGAAAGAAACCAAAAUCUCAGAGAGGAAGGAAAGCAAAGCCCCAGAGAAGAAGGAAAGCAAGGCCCCAGAGAAAAAGAACACAAAAGCAUUAGAGAGGAAGGAAACUAAAUUCCCUGAGAAGAAGGAAACCAAAGCCCCAGAGAGGACGGAAAGCAAACUCCCAGAAAAGAAAUACAAACCUCCAGAAAAGAAGGAAACCAAAUUCCCAGAGAGGAAGGAAACCAAAGUCCCGGAGACGAAGGAAAUCAAAAGCCCAAAGAAGGAAAGCAAAGCCACAGAGAAGAAGGAAAUGAAAAGCCCAGAGAAAAAGGAAAGCAAAGCCCUAGUAAAGAGGGAAAUCAGAAUUCUAAAGAAGGAAACCAAAUCUCCAGAGAAGAGAAGCAAACCUCCAGAAAAGAAGGAAACCAAAUUCCCAGAGAGGAAGGAAAUCAAAAUCCCAGAGAAGGAAAUCAAAGCACCAAAAAAGAAGGAACCCAAAGCCCCAAAGAAGGGGGAAGCCAAAGCCUGAAAGAAGGGAGGAACCAAAAUCCCAGAGAACCCAGCUGAGCUGGAGAAGAACUCUUUAUUUUAUUCACACAACUUAUUUUAUACAGUUUGCCAAACCUAAUGUGCAACUUUAGGUAGUUAAUCGAUUUCUUAUUACUAGUUAUGCCAGUUAUUCUGUUGGAU